AUGGUGGAGAGACCACUGCUGACUCCUGAUCUUGAAGUGGCAAAUGUGGCAGAUGAACAUGACCAGUUACAUAAUGUGGAAACUAAGGAACAGCUUGAUCAAGAGGGAGGUGAUGAGGAUUUCAAUGAAGAUGAUGAUUUCUUAAAAGAUUUGGAUUUUACUGGUAUCAACAACGACAACAUUCCUUCGAAUCUAGAUCUUAAUUUAGAUGAUGAUGAUUUUGGUCCAUUGUCGGGAUUCGAUGACAGGCACUUUAAAAAGUUCAAUGAAGUUGUUCAACUAGCAACUAAGACCGGGGAUGAUGUUAACGCUCUCAAGAUUCUUCUUUCUUCUUCAAAACCAAUGGAAGAUUCUUCAAGACUAAGACAUGUGGUUUCAAGGAUUCCUCCCCUUGAUACUAAUGUCUCUACUUCUGUUCCAUUUCUGAGUGAACCGACACAACCACAAACCUCUUUUCCUUCUCCGAGGCAGGGAGUGUUCAUUCAAAGCCAAGCACCACCGGUCUCAUCAUUUGUCACCACCACAACUGUCUCUACCCCACUACUUCAAACUGAAGAAGGUCCAAGCACAGUAUCUGAAGCAGGCAGAUCAUCUUCUAUUCUGGAAUAUUCUCCCUCAAGUCCAUCGCUAGAUGAAGCUUCUGUUAGGCUAGCUAAGCAUUUGGCUCAGAACAUUUCAGAUUCUCCCUCCUAA